AUGCAGAACAUAGACAUCAGCCAAAGGAUUUGCAAACACCUCUGCCGCUCUGACGCCGCAGCACAGGGCCUGCAGGAGAUGCACUUAAGCUCUUUUGCGGAUGCUGCUGCUGCUCCUGCUGCUGGAUUAGCAGCAGACAGCAGCGUGCAGCAUGACUGCAGCGCCGCAGCAGCAACAACAGCUGCAGCGGCAGAAACAACAACAACAGCAGCAGCAGCAGCAACAGGCGCUGCUCUUUCUGACGUUGAAACAGCAGCCGACAAUUCCUCCGUCUGUUUGUUCCCUUCGGAGGCUGCAGAGGCUCGCAUGUCAGGCGCAGCAGCAACCCCCAAAGCAGCAGCAGCAGCAGCAGCAAGCGCAGCAGCAGCUGCAGCAGGAGCAGCAGCGUCAGCAGCAGGAACAGGAGCAGGGAGAGAAGGUUGUGAGGGUUUAGUAGGAGAUGAUUUGUUUGUUUCUACUUCAAGUUGUGUAGCGAAGUUAGGGCUGAGUGCUAGCCCUUCUUCAUUCUUGCUUCAAGCAGCUGUAUGUACACCUCAGCUAUGCGCGCUGCUGGGGGUGCCUAAGGGGGCCCCACAAGAUUUUCUAAAGGCAGUUUUCUUCUGGUUAUUCCCCAACCUGUUGGUUGUUGCUGCAUUUCUAUUAACUCUUACAGCUUGUCUUCUCUUUGACGCCACUGUGCAGGUAGACCUCUGUCUGCUUGCUGUGCUGCUGCUAGGCUGGUUGUCUCUUGCUGCUGUAGCUAGAACUAGAGAGAAUGCUUGCAGCUCCUACGAUCAUAAACAGCAGCAGCAGCACCAGCAGCAGCAGCAGCAACAGCAGCAGCAGCAGCAGCAGCGGCUGCAGAGGAGUCACUCACUGCAACUGGAGAUCAUCAAAAGACAUGAGGCUGCCGCAACCACAACUGCAGGCGCCGAGCAGCAGCAGCAGCAGCAGCAGCAGAAACAGCAGCAGCAGGAAGUGCCUGCAGCAGAGUUGACUAUGACACAGGAAGACUCCUCGACGGAAGACAGCACGGAGGAGGAAGCGGAAGAGAGCCAGCAGCAACUGCUGCAGCUGCUGCAGCAAACGACGCACGAGGAAGAACCUUCCUCAGCUGCAGCAGCUGCUGCUGAGGAGGCUGCCAUAGAGAGUGCACCGCCUCUGUCCUCGCCGCCCUCCCCCGCCGCAGCACCAGAGGAGUCAGCAGCAGCAGCUGCUGCUGCUGCAGCAGCAGCAGGAGGGGAUCUGCUGCUUCCGUUUGGACACGAGGAAGGAGAAGAGUCGGGAGAAGAGCAAGAAAGAAGUAUCUGCGGCUUAGAACAGACGCAAGACAAAUGUGCUGCAGCAGAAGAAGAAGGUUUGCUGCUGCACAGCAAGAGCUGGGAAGUAGUCCCUGUGGUGUCUGCUGCUCCGCUAGGCAGCGCAACACCCAGCACCAGCAGCAGCAGCAGUAGUAGCAGCAGCAACAGCAGCAGCAACAGCAACAGCAAUACACCGAUGUGGCUGGGAGGCGGAGUCUUCGGUGAUUUCUCUGCUACUUCGGCGCUGCCUGUUGACUUGUCUUUCUGUUCAACGCAGAGUCUUGCUGCUGCUGCUUCUGCCGCUGUCUCUGCUGCUGGUGUUGCUACUCACCCGGAAGCAGCAGCAGUAGCAGCAGCAGACAACACUGCAGAUGCUGCCACUCUUAUAAACCCUCAGGGGCUGCUUCCACUUUCGCUGCUGCAGCAGGAGGUCUGCAGCAGCACCCGACAGUUUUCUUCCUUCUCCCUCACCCCACAGCAGCAGCAGCAACAGCAGCAGCAGCAGCAGCUUUUGCUGCAGCAGCAGCAGGAUGUAUUUAACAACUCGUUGCUACUUCAGCUGCAAACAUUGGAGGAAGCAACAGACUUGCAUGCCUUUGACGCUGCAGCUAGCUACCAGCAGCAGCAGCAUCAGCAGCAGUUGCUGCACGACCAGCAGCAGCAGCUGUUGCACGAGCAGCAGCAGCAGUUGCUGCAUGAGCAGGAGCCGCAGCAGUUGCUGCUUCAGAAGCAGUUGCUUCAGAAGCAGCUGCAGCAGCUGCUGCAGCAGCAGGAACAGCAGCAGCAACAGCAGCAGCAGCAGCAGCAAAAGGAGCGUUUGCUAUCUGCACCGCAGCAAGGAGGAAGCGGAAUGGGAGGUCGCGUUUGUUCUAAUGCCUUAUCUCACGGCUGUCUCCCUUCAUCUUCAGCAGCAGUAGCAGCAGCAGCAACAGCAACAACAGCAGCAGCAGCAACUACAGCAGCAGGAACAGCAGCGGGAGCAGCAGGAGCAGCAGCAGGAAGCCGAAGAGGAGGGCGUCGAUCUCGUGGCUGCUGCGUGGCGGGUGCUGCAGCAGCAAAAGAAGCAAAGGGUGACGGCCGCGCUGCUUUACAGUAUUAUAUGAGUUUAGUAAAAGAAUGUUUGAAGAAGAAAGAUGCAAAAGCAGCAGUGAAGAUCCUUGAGACUGUCGAAAGAGAUGGUGUCGUUAAGCCGGACACACAGCUCCUCAACUAUGUGCUCUUCGCCUGCGUCGGCAGCAACGAGCUGGGGCUUGCAAAGGGUUUAUUUGCAUACAUUGAAGAAGCAGGCGCAGCAGACUUAGUUACGUACAACACAAUGUUAAAAGGUUUUUCUGCGAGAGGCGAUUUGAAAGAAGCAGAGAAAAUUCUCGAAGUAAUUAAAAGAAGAAAACUGCAACCUGAUGAGGUGUCUUUUAACCUCCUAGUUAAUGCAGCAGUUGGUGCAGGCAAUACAGAGCGCGCUUGGUUCUAUGUAGAAGAAAUACAAAGAGCUAAGAUGACGCCUGAUAAGUUUACUGUAAGCUCGUUAGUUAAAAGUUUACAGCCAGGCCAAGACCCCAAACUUAUACGCCGCACUUUGCGCUUGAUGGAUGGAGUGGAUGCAUGCGAAGACCUUAUUCUUCUUUCAACAUGCAUUGAUGCUGCUUUAAGAUUAAAUGAUUUAACUCGUCUUCGGCGUCUUCUUCUAAAUUUUGAGCAGUCUCCGCUUACUCCGAAUGCACACGCCUACGGUACUCUUAUUAAAGCCUAUGGAAGGCUGGGAAAUGUAAAUAAGGUCUGGGCUCUAUGGGGAGAUCUCCACAGCCGCAAGAACAUCGAACCGACUAACUACACCUACGGCUGUAUGCUUGAAAUACUCCUUGCGCAUAGCCUGUUAGAUGAAGCGGAGAGUUUAUUUCGUUUUAUGAUGGAGCGACAGCUGGCGGACUCUGUGCAUUUUUCAAUAUUAAUUAAAGGGCUUUCAAAAUUUCAGAGUAAAGGCGUUGAUAUUGCAUUAGAAGCGUACAAGACCCUGCACCAAGCAGCAGCAGCUGCUGCAGCAGCAGGAGCAGCAACAUCAGCAGCAGCAGGAUCUGCUGCUGCAGCAGCAGGCUCAGCUGACAGGAAAACUAAACAGAACUUUAUUAAUACAAUAUCUUUAAAUGCGUUACUUCAUCUUUGCGUUGUAAACGGAAGAACAGAAGACGCAUUGCUCUUAUUCAAUGAUGUAUGCACAUCAAGAGCGGUCCUUCCAGACCUGAUAUCAUUCAGUACUGUUAUAAAGGGGUUAUGCUGCUGCAGCGGAGAGGCACCUUUGCUUCGUGCGCUGUCUUUGUUGAAGACAAUGCAGAAAGAAUACAAUAUAAAACCAGAUGCAAUUGUCUUUAAUACUCUAAUCCAAGGAGCUGCAGCAAGGAAAAACCCAGAAAUUGCUGAGCAACUCCUGGAAAUGAUGCAAACAGCAAACGUAGCGCCGAGCAGUUAUACUCUCUGCCAGUGCGUUAAACUCUUUGGGCGUUGCAACAACUUACGACGGGCGCUGCAGCUGGCUGAGGAAUUACCGCAGCGUUUUAAUUUUCCUUUGGACAGCUAUGCAUACACCGCAUUGGUAGCAGCUUGUCUUGCUAAUGAUGCUGCAUUUGUUGCAGGGAAGCUCAGUUUAAAAGCAGCAGCAGAAGGCAUUACCUUCCCCCAAGGAGUGCUCUUCCGCAUUUUCGCUGCACUCAGUGCAGACCCUAUACUUGCACAGCAGCAGCAGCAGCAGCAGCAGCAGCAAAUGCAGCAGCAUGAGGAAUUCCACGCAGUCUACAAAGGCGUUUGGGAUCUGCUGCGCCCUCAGAGUGGCGAUGCUUCUGCUUCUGCAUGCAGCAGAAAGAGAAAGAAGAAGGGAGGGAAGGGUUUUGCUGCGCUGGUAGGCAUCAACAAACAAACCUUUAAACAGCAGCAACAGCAGCAACAGCAGCAACAGCAGCAGCAGCAGCAACAGCAGCAGCAGCAAAUCAACGGCGGCAACGCGCUUCUUCCAGACUCGCAACAGCUCCUCAAUCACCGAUUUGCAGCUCCCCCAGGAGCAGCUACAGCAGCAGCAGCAGCAACAGUAAAGGCUGCAGCGGCUCAAAGCAUGCAGCUGAAACAGCUGGCCCACGAAUCCCUGCAGCAGCAGCAGCAGCAGCAAACGCUGCUGCAAACCUGCAGCCUGGGGAAGGGAGCCGCAGCUCAGGGCGGCUGUCGAGUGCGUGGCAAUAGUCCUCACAUGCAUGCAGCAGCAGUAGCAGCAGCAGCAGGAUCGUUGCAUGCAAACAGCAGCAACGUGGGGCUGCCUUUGCUGUACGGGUGUGUCGGAGAGACACCGAGUGCAGCGGCACAAGGAGCAGCAGCAGCAACAGACGAAGACAAUUUGUUGCUGUACUGCGGCAGGCCAUAG